ACGAAGAAGAGCGAUGCGGAAGCGUCAUGAUCUUGCGACACGGAAAACGAAUGCUGACUGACCGCCCGUUACACCGAACAAUUUUGUAGUUUUUGCUCAGAUACCGUCAGAGUUGCCAAUCCGUUCUCAGACGUUUGCACUCCCGGGUUUUGCGCAAGAGUUUGCUACUCUCGGCUGCUGACUAACGUUAGCCUUUAGCUUAUCUGCACAUAAACAAUGGACUAAACACUAGCUAUACCGAACGCGCACUCCAAAAGUAAACUCAACUGUCACUUCGGUAUAAACGAGAUGGAGUCACUCAACACAUUUGAAUCAGAGAUGGAGGCUGAUGGGCAGGGGAGCUAUUCUCUGUUUCCAUCACUGGAUAGCAUUGCUGGUUUGUCUGGGACGGCUGACACAUUGGAAAGUGAACCCCCCAGUGAAAUCGCAGAGAAGCCAAACCUGACCUGGCUUGAUGCUGCUCAGAUUGUUUUGGAAGAAGCAGGACAUCCCAUGCACAUAAAGGAGAUCAAGCAGAGAAUCAUCGACCGGGGGCUUGUGCAGUCCAAUGCAAAGUCAAGUCUGGAAGCCGUCAUGUAUCGUGAGACACAAAAAGGCAGCAGGAGAUUCAAGAGGAUUGAAAACAGAAACGGAGUCUUUGCAAUGCUGACAGAUGCCGAGCGGCAUCAGGCUCUGAAGACCUUCAGCACUCAGGCCUUCCUUGGCACAUCGCAACAGAACAUCGUCUCGGCUUCUGGAUCCGGGGGAGCCGCCGCCGCCGCAGGCGCCAUCGCCGCCGCCCCCUUUCCUCCCAUCGCCGUUUCCUCAGAGAGCAAAGCAAAGAUGAGGAGAGGAGCGCGGAAAAAAAUGAACGAAAAGUACCGGCUGAAGUACCUUCGACUACGCAGAGCAGCGCGUGCCAUGAUAUUUGAAAACGCAGCUUUGCAUGAUGAAGUUGCCCAUCUGGAAGAGAAGUUUUUGAGAGCAAAGGAAGAGCGCCAAUUGCUGCUCUUGCACUACCAGUCUCUGUCGGAGGGAGACUUCCUGCCCACGCCAAGCUCGACCGCUCAUCCCGCCGCGCCGCCUCCCGCGACGAGCUGCAGCCCCGGAGGACCGCCUGGCCUGUGCGGGACGCACCUCCUCGCAUCUGUGGCGUCGACAGUGGACGAGGGGCAGCUGAAGAAACCCAAGAAGGAACGCAAAGAGCGAGGCAGAGAGAAUGGAAAGGAUGAGCUUCCAAAGAAGAUGACCAAGAAGAGAAAACUGGCUGAUGGCUCCCGGAAGCUGGUGCAACCCAUCCCACUCGACUCCUGCGGCCGCCCCGUCUUCCCCAUCGUGCUAGGAGGCCUAACGCUGUACAGCUUGGGCGAGAUUAUCACGGAUCGAAUGUUUUUCCACGAUGAAUGCGCCAUCUACCCGGUGGGCUUCUGCAGCACGCGGGUCUUUGCCAGCAUGAAAAACCCUGAGCUGCAGUGCCUCUACACCUGCCAAAUCAAAGAUGGAGGAAGUGGCCCGCAGUUUGAGAUCGUCCCCGAAGAUGAUCCCCAGAAUGCCAUCGUGGCCUCCUCUGCCCUGACUUGCCACUCCAACUUGCUCAAAGCCAUCGCGUCAGUCAGUUCCAAGGCUGUUGCCCCAAUCGUGCCAUCCGGAGCCGAUUUCUUUGGCUUCUCUCAUCCCACCGUCCAGAAUCUCAUCCAGAGUUGUCCUGGAGCACGCAAGUGUCACAACUACCGAUGGAUACGGUUCGAAGUGUGUCGCCCGGGCGAUGGCCAGAAACCUCACAGCCUGUCGGAGGAUGACGCCUCCAUCAACUUUGAGGCCUAUCAGCAACACCGGCGCUUUAGCGACAAGCCGGAGCAAAUCUCAGCACAGACACUGCAGUGUUCGAGCACCUCACACCUGACCGCCACAUCCGCGAAGCCGUCGACUGCCUACUUCAGCUCCUGACGUUUCUGCGCCUCAAACGCCAUCAAAGUUGACAAGUACAACAAAUGCAGAACACAUCUCAUGUCUUUUACACUGUCAUUUGGGCCCCAAAACGUCCGCAGUUGUUGACUGUACAUUUCCGAAUGAAAUCCAGGAGCUCAACAUGUAUUCAAGAUGCUCAAAUCUUUUUAUUUGUUCAAAUUCUAUGACUGAGAAACAGUGAUUUGUCUGCUAAAGUGCUGAUUUAAAUAAAAACAUCUGGCCAUCA